AUGAGGCUUCUAGUCCUUUCCAGCUUGCUCUUCGUUCUGCUGCUCUGUUUCUCCGUCUUCUCCUUGGAAGGGAGAAGGCAUUUUGCCAAGCCUGGGAAACUCAGGUUCUGUUGUCGCCUAGCUCCUAGCCGCAACCAGACAACCCAGAAAGGGUAUAGAGAGCAUGCUGUAGACAGCCAAGAUUCUGUGUUAAAGGGACCAAAGCCAUCUUUGAAAUUUAAAGUUCAGAAACACUUACUUAGCUUUAUUAUUUGUCUUGAUAGUCACCUGCUGGGCUCCAAGGAGGAAAGAAAUCGCAUGAAGGUCUGCCGAGUGUGCAAGGUGAAGGCAGUGGCCCAGCCUUGGGUGGUACCUGGGGCACUCCCACAGGUGUGA